UCUGCCCCUUCCCCCCGCCCCCGUCCGCUUCGCUCCCGCAGCGCUAGUGUGUCUGCCCGGCUCAGUGUGCGUGGAGAUCUGGUCCAAGCGCCCGCCCCGAGGCAGGCAGUCCGCUAGCUCUAGCCGCCGCGGCAAGCAGCAACCUUCGCCAACAGCGCUGCGGCGGAUCCGGGCGCCGGGGAGCUAGCCCGGCCCCGCUAGCCCAGCCCAGCCCGGCCAGACUCCCUCCCCACGCCAGGGCAGCAGCAGCAGCCGCCGCCGCCAGGAGAGAAGGUGGAGGAAGAAAUCCAGCCGCUAGCACGCGCGCACCGUCAUGGACCAUUAUGAUUCCCAGCAAACCAACGACUACAUGCAGCCCGAAGAGGACUGGGAUCGGGACCUGCUCCUGGACCCCGCCUGGGAGAAGCAGCAGAGAAAGACAUUCACAGCAUGGUGCAACUCCCACCUCCGCAAGGCGGGGACGCAGAUCGAGAACAUCGAGGAGGACUUCCGGGAUGGCCUGAAGCUCAUGCUGCUGCUGGAGGUCAUCUCAGGUGAACGCCUGGCCAAGCCGGAGAGAGGCAAGAUGAGGGUGCACAAGAUCUCCAAUGUCAACAAGGCCCUGGACUUCAUAGCCAGCAAGGGGGUCAAGCUGGUGUCCAUCGGAGCGGAAGAGAUUGUGGAUGGGAACGUGAAAAUGACCCUGGGCAUGAUCUGGACCAUCAUCCUCCGCUUUGCCAUCCAGGACAUCUCCGUGGAAGAGACUUCGGCGAAGGAAGGGCUGCUCUUGUGGUGUCAGAGAAAGACAGCCCCUUAUAAAAACGUCAACAUCCAGAACUUCCACAUAAGCUGGAAGGAUGGCCUCGGCUUCUGUGCCUUGAUCCACCGACACCGGCCUGAGCUGAUUGACUAUGGGAAGCUGCGGAAGGACGAUCCGCUCACAAAUCUGAACACGGCCUUUGACGUGGCAGAGAAAUACCUGGAUAUCCCCAAGAUGUUGGAUGCUGAAGACAUCGUUGGGACCGCCCGACCGGAUGAGAAAGCCAUCAUGACUUACGUGUCUAGCUUCUACCAUGCCUUCUCCGGAGCCCAGAAGGCGGAGACAGCAGCCAAUCGUAUCUGUAAGGUGUUGGCCGUCAACCAGGAGAAUGAGCAGCUCAUGGAAGACUACGAGAAGCUGGCCAGCGAUCUGCUGGAGUGGAUCCGCCGCACCAUCCCGUGGCUGGAGAACCGGGUGCCUGAGAACACCAUGCACGCCAUGCAGCAGAAGCUGGAGGACUUCCGCGACUACCGGCGCCUGCACAAGCCGCCCAAGGUGCAGGAGAAGUGCCAGCUGGAGAUCAACUUCAACACGCUGCAGACCAAGCUGCGCCUCAGCAACCGGCCCGCCUUCAUGCCCUCCGAGGGCAGGAUGGUCUCGGACAUCAACAACGCCUGGGGCUGCCUGGAGCAGGCAGAGAAGGGCUAUGAGGAAUGGCUGCUGAAUGAGAUCCGGAGGCUGGAGCGGCUCGACCACCUAGCAGAGAAGUUCCGGCAGAAGGCCUCCAUCCAUGAGGCCUGGACGGACGGCAAAGAGAUCAUGCUGCGGCAGAAGGACUAUGAGACGGCCACCCUCUCAGAGAUCAAGGCCCUGCUCAAGAAACAUGAGGCCUUUGAGAGUGACCUGGCCGCCCACCAGGACCGUGUGGAGCAGAUUGCCGCCAUUGCACAGGAGCUCAAUGAGCUGGACUAUUACGACUCACCCAGUGUCAAUGCACGGUGCCAAAAGAUCUGUGACCAGUGGGAUAAUCUGGGGGCUCUAACCCAGAAGCGGAGAGAAGCCCUGGAGCGGACUGAGAAAUUACUGGAGACCAUCGACCAGCUGUACUUGGAGUACGCCAAGCGGGCCGCGCCCUUCAACAACUGGAUGGAGGGGGCCAUGGAGGACCUACAGGACACCUUCAUCGUGCACACCAUCGAGGAGAUCCAGGGACUGACCACAGCCCAUGAGCAGUUCAAGGCCACCCUCCCCGAUGCCGACAAGGAGCGCUUGGCCAUCCUGGGCAUCCACAAUGAGGUGUCCAAGAUAGUCCAGACCUACCACGUCAACAUGGCGGGCACCAACCCCUACACAACCAUCACGCCUCAGGAGAUCAACGGCAAAUGGGACCAUGUGCGGCAGCUGGUGCCUCGGAGGGAUCAGGCCCUGAUGGAGGAACAUGCCCGCCAACAGCACAAUGAGAGGCUACGCAAACAGUUCGGUGCUCAGGCCAACGUCAUCGGACCCUGGAUCCAGACCAAGAUGGAGGAGAUCGGAAGGAUCUCCAUUGAGAUGCACGGGACCCUGGAGGACCAGCUGAGCCACCUGCGGCAGUAUGAGAAGAGCAUCGUCAACUACAAGCCCAAGAUUGACCAGCUGGAAGGUGACCACCAGCUCAUCCAGGAGGCACUCAUCUUCGACAACAAACACACCAACUACACCAUGGAGCACAUUCGCGUGGGGUGGGAGCAGCUCCUCACCACCAUCGCCAGGACCAUCAAUGAGGUGGAGAACCAGAUUCUGACCCGGGAUGCCAAGGGCAUCAGCCAAGAGCAGAUGAAUGAGUUCCGGGCCUCCUUCAACCACUUUGACCGGGAUCACUCCGGCACGCUGGGUCCCGAGGAGUUCAAAGCCUGCCUCAUCAGCUUGGGUUAUGAUAUUGGCAACGACCCCCAGAAGAAGACAGGCAUGAUGGACACGGAUGAUUUCCGCGCCUGCCUUAUCUCCAUGGGUUAUAACAUGGGGGAGGCAGAAUUUGCCCGCAUCAUGAGCAUUGUGGACCCCAACCGCCUAGGGGUAGUGACAUUCCAGGCCUUCAUCGACUUUAUGUCCCGGGAGACAGCUGACACAGAUACGGCAGACCAAGUCAUGGCUUCCUUCAAGAUCCUGGCCGGUGACAAGAACUACAUCACGGUGGAUGAGCUACGCCGGGAGCUGCCGCCAGACCAGGCUGAGUACUGCAUCGCGCGAAUGGCCCCCUACACUGGCCCUGACGCAGUACCCGGUGCUCUGGACUACAUGUCCUUCUCCACGGCGCUCUAUGGCGAGAGUGACCUCUAACCCCUCUAACCCGCCCAGCCAAUCCUGUGCCCUCACCCCCUACCCCCUGCCUCCUACCCAUGCGAGCCCCACCCUAAGCCUCUGCUGUGCCCCCCUCCUCCCGCCCGGGUUUUGCACUCAGCCUCCUACAGGGCCAGCUGGGACCCACGCGGCAUCAAACCUCCCUGCCCGCCAAGUGACAGUUUACAAAAUUAUUUUCUGCAAAAAAGAAAAAAAAGUUACGUUAAAAAAAGUAAAAAAACAAACAAAAAGAACCCGCAUAUUUUAUUAUAGAAAAAGUAUUUUUUUCUCCACCAGACUUAAAUGGAAAAGAGGAUGAAUUAACUAUUUGCACCGAAAUGUUUUGUUUUGUUGUGACAUAGGAUAAUAACCAAGCACAAUGUUUUAUUCCAUCCUUUUUAUCCAUUUUUUUUCUAUCUGUUCCAUCUGCUGUAUUCAUUUCUCCAAUCUCAUGUCCACCUUGAUGUGGGAGUGGGUGGGUGGGGGUGGGGUAAUUUCGUCAAAAGGCACAUUGGUGCAUGUGUUUGCUAGCUCACUUGUCCAUGAAAAUAUUUUAUGAUAUUAAAGAAAAUCUUUUGAAAUGUCUGUUUUUUAAGGAAGAGAAUUUAUGUGGCUUGUCUUGUUUUUAAGUUCAGAGGUGUGCUUAGCCUCUUCAUCAGCACACACUUUUUUUUUAAAUUUUAAUAUUGCCUAUUAAAAAUGGUCAGGAUAGAACUGGAGUGUGGGCAACUUUGAUAUUGCUUGGCACAGACCCUAUGAACGCACCGAUGAUCCCGUGACAGCUCUUGGCUUGCUCCUUUCUUGCUAUUUCCCAGAAGUGUGUGUGGGUUCAAGGAUGGUACGGGGCACCCGGACAUGCCCCUAAUAUGUUUUUGACCCUGGCGUGUUCAGUCUCCUUGCUCUUCAGUUUCUUUGUUUUAAAAAGGAAAACAUGGUUUCCUCUCCAGGCUCUUCUGAAUUGAAAAUAAGGCCAUGGAUGGUUAAGGUCCUGGAUGAUUAAGUCGUACCUUAGUUGGUUUUUCACAACAUCAAACAGUCCUGUGCAUAUGUGAAUAACUUGAUAAACACACUUUCUUUAAAUGACUUACACUUGUUUUUUUUUUUUAAGUGAGCGCUUUUAUUUUUGCCACAGGGGACAAAUUGAGUUGUCUCAGUAAAGGUUAUCUCACCUUUGCUCUUCAAGAUGUCCCACAGACAGGAGCUGUCCAGCAUCACCUGGGAGCUUGUUGGAAACGCAGGCUCUCAGGCCCCACCCCAGACCUGCUGAGUCAGAAUCUGCAUUUUAACAAUAUUCCAGGGGAUCUGUGUCUGUUCUCUAUCUAGCUUCUCCUGUUUUGCCUCCUUACCGGCCUCUCCUCCCUGAGGCUUUUACUCCAAGUACAGGCAAUGAAGACUUUCAAAGAUGGUAUCGAUAAUAACAGUGCAGUGGGUUACAGAAAUGUACGUUAGCACCAGAAGCCGUAGAUCUGUGUUCCAGUUAUGGCUGUGUCUGGGAGUUAAAAUGGCUUAGCUGUUACAGGGUGUUGGGUCUGUGGAGCCUGACUGCCAGAGUUGAAAUCCAUGACAGCCAUUUCCAAAACGGGUAAACCGCACUACCUACCGUUCUCUUAUGUAUUAAGUGGAGAUAACAAUGCUUUUGGAAAGUCAGCGCUAUAACACAGAGAGCUCCUAGAAUAUUAGUACAUACAAAUGUUAGCUGUGGUCAAUCUUACUUUAAAUUUCAAGGGAUUGGGUUGAAGGACCUGUUAAAAAAGGAACCCUUAAUGUGAUAUGUCUGUCGCCUCCUUUAAGAGGACUAAGACUAAAUCAGAACUUACUGAGCUAGGGCCAAUGAUGACAGUCUUUGGUAUGGGGCCCUCUUGUUUAGGAACGAGUUCAGCGAGUUUCUAGAACACCCCUGCCCUGGGCAAGAAGGUCCAGGUAGGAGGGCUGCUCAGGAGAAAGGAGACCGGUUGGGGGGCGGGGGUUGGCAUUUACUUUAGAAGCGUUCCUAUAUAGGUUUUACUACUCGCUGGUAAAAAGUCCAGUGAAUGUUCACUGUGGGUCUGCUGUGGCUGCAGCUCUGUGGGGAACACCAUUGGAACAAGGCAAAAACCUGGUCUCAGAGAGUCAGUCUUGUGAAAGAGGCCAAUAUGCAAGAUCCCUUGUUUUAGCUAUUUACACGCAAGUCUCAAGGGGACGCAGUGGUAUAGGAGUUGAGGAGAGGGGCAAAUUGUUCCAACCAGAAAGUUUCCUAAAAGUGCAAGCACUUUAACAUGCCUCAGUUUCCAGAGGCAUGAUCAGCUCCCUUAUCGGAGCUCACUUUCAAAAAAAUUGUAAGUCGUUUGAACGGAAGUGAGUUUACCAAGUUAUUCUACAACCUUCAGAGAAGUGCCCUUGUCCUUGCUUCUCAAUGUUAAGGGUGCUUAUAUGUGUGCAAAUGACUGUGAUUACUUUAAAUGAAUUUUCAAUUUGUUAAAGAGGUAAAAAUUGAAAAAUCGAUUUCUUAAGCUUUUAAGGUCAUUGUGUGCAUCUUGCUAUAUUGAGAAUGUAAUUUUUUCUGUAAAAAUAAAAACUCUUGCUUGUCCUAUUCAUGCAUACAUUUAACACAUGAGAUCCUCCCAAUUAGCCCCAUUUGCAAACUUCGUUAAAUUCCUUUAAAUAUUUUAUAAACAUAUUUCCAAGUUUUCAUAAUUCUUUCCAGGACAUCAGCCUCCCAACCCAGGCAGAUUCAAAUCCUAGCAACAAAACUCUCACUUAGCACAAAGCAAUUGAAGUAUUAUAAGUGUAGUAAUCAACUUCUCUGGAGCCGUUCAAAGCCUCCCAAAGUUUACUAACAACUCUCUUACACUUCCAAAAUUAAAAUCGCACAUCGAAUUUUAAUUACACAUUUCAGAUGAAAACCACAACACUAAUAAUAUAUGCCAGCUUCUCUUACAUGUUCAAGCACCCUAUGUUAAUUCAGAGGUUGUCAUGGUUUGUAAAAAACUGCUGAACACACCAAAAUAUUAAUACUAAGAGUUUGAUUCACUCCAUUUGUUUAGUUCUAAGCGGGAUUUCAAAUCCCCUUACUACUUGCUGGUUUAGGAGCCGAAGUGUCAGGAUCGUGACACACUGUAUAUCACUUGGAGAUUCUGAACCAGGACACAAGAUGAGGUGUUCACACACUUCCAGGGUGAUUCUACCCAAGGCACAAGUGAACUCAUGGUAUUGGUUCCAAUAGUCAGGCACUGUCCCCGAGCCCAUGUUUUCCAUUUGACAUUUGUUUUGCAACCCAUUGCAUUACUCACCCACUAGGCAUCUUUUGGAUUUUACCCUUGCCCAGUUUUCAUCGUAACCUAUUCCAACUUACUUUAAAUGAUUGGGUAGAUGGAAUUCUCUACCCCGAGCCAGGCAGGCUGUUAACUGUUCCUGCAUCAAUGGGACAAAUUCAUUGCAUCUCUUUCCUGCCUGUGUGGAGCGUGCAUUUCUUUUUUGUAUUUUUUUCUGCCUCUGCCUAUACGUUUAUAGGGACUUUGUUGACAGCCUCGUGAAGACCAACUACAAAAAUAGCUUCUCUGUCUGGCCUGUCAACCUCUUAACAAAAUCCUAAUGACCACUCCAGGUACUAGGCCUAUCCCAGGAAUGUGCUGUGUCCUCCAUCACUGGGUCAGCUCAGAGUUGUCCCCUGCACACGGGAUCAGUGCUUGAAGAGUGCAGUCACUAGGCUGAGUCAGUUACCAGGACUGAGAACAUAUAGGGCGUUCUUAGGCUGUAAGGAGAGAUUGGAUGGAGACUUUGUCAGUUCUUCGGCCUAUGCCAGGCCCUCCGGUGAUGUCCACGAGCGGUAUGAGUUGGGCAGUGAGCACCUCUGAGCUGUCUAACCUAAAAGCCUUCGACUAGGGCCGGCCUUUUUGUCAGAGGAAAAAAACACAACCUCUUUCGACAGUGGUACCCUUCAAGAGAGACGGGUUUAAGUGUGCCUUGCCACUUACUGGGUGGGCAAAUGACCUCUCCAAAUGGGGUGGGUAAUGCUAUUUCCUCCUGUGCCUGGCACAUGAUAGGCAUUUUGUAAGUGGCCUUAAGUCUUAAUACAGUUUUUAAAAGAUCAGCUGUGGUUUGCUGUGCUAUUUUAAAUAUUCUGAAAGAAAAAGGCCUGACUAUAGAAAAAUAUCAUUAAGGGGAGUCCACCAGUCUUUGAGUUCUGUAGUGGGCUAGAUAAUGAUCCCAAGAUAUCCAUAUCCUAAUCCUGGAACCUGUGAUUAUGUGACUUGACUGGCAAAUGGGACUUUGCAGACAUAAUGAAGCUAAGACUCUUGAGAUGGGGAGAUUAUUCUGAAUUAUCUGAGGGUGCCCUUCUAAGAGGAAGGCAGGAGAGUCAGAGAAGUGAUGAUGAAAGCAGAGGCUGGAAUGAUAUGAAGCCAGAAGCCAAGAAUCUGGGCAGUGUCUAGAAGCUGGAAAAGACAAGGAGACGGAUUCUCCCCUCGAGCCUCCACAAGGAACGCAGCCCUGCUGACCCAUUUUGGAUCUCUGAUCUCUGGAACUAUAAGCUAAUAAAUGUGUGUUGUUAAGCCA